UUAUAAAAAAAAACAGAAAAAAAAGUACAAUAUUUGAAAGUGGGCGUGGAACUUACUUAUAAUUGUUAUUUACAUUAUAAAAACUUGUUCCUACCAAAAAAUAUAUAAAUAUGGGAAAUUAUGGGAAUGGUUAUUAUUUUUUGCGAGCUGUAUUCAUAAUAACAAACACGAAUUAAUGUUCAGCAUGUUAAAUGCCAUUUGCACAAUAUUUUCGUUGCAUAAUUAAAAAAUUACCAUUAAAACACAUUGAACACUUUCAUGACAGUUCUUUUCUCGAUAAGAAUCGAUUUUGAAUAGUAUCUCUUUAAAUUCAUGGUUUUUAAUUGCUCUAAUUUGGAAUGGUUUUAUUCGAUUCAUCAAUAUUUUAACCAUGUUCAAGCUCUAUUGUAUCUAUUUUAUAAUUUAUCUAUUUAAAAAAGUGCGGAGAAAACAAAGACAGAAGAGGCGAAUAACAUAAGUGAAUAGUUAAGUUUAUACCUUAAAAAGGAUAUAAAAAAGCAAAUGAAAAGUAUCAUUAUUUUAAAAAGAAUUGAACGCCUUUUUACUGUGUAUAACUAAAAGGAUAUAAUGGCAAUCAAGCUGAAAUUGUGCGUUGCUUUUCAGUUGAUUUGUAUAUAUUAUCUCACAGAGGUUUAUUCCCUGGUGGAAUUUUCAAACGUACAGUGCGAGUAUCUUGAUAAAGACUUUGCCCUAUUUGAAUAUUGCUAUCUGAAAUCUGUGAACCGAUCUUAUAAAUAUGUUUCCCUCAAAGUUAAACUACUAAAGCUACCCAUAACCAAAACUAAGGUGCAAUUUGGUCUCUAUAAACGCUUGCAUGGCUAUAAGCCUUUUCUCUACAAUAUGACUCUUGACGCGUGCAGAUUUCUAAAAUCCGGAAAUCCAAAUCCGAUUGCUUUGUAUUUUUACAAUCUCUUCAAAGAUUUUUCCAACAUAAACCACACCUGUCCCUAUAACCAUGAUAUUGUGCUGGAUAAGAUGUCGUAUCAUAGUAUAAAUUAUAAGCUCACCAAAAUUCUACCCUUUCCGGAGGGAAAUUAUAAGCUUGAAGUGCAUUGGAUAGCGACAUUGAUCGAGCUAUAA